AUGGAGCUGGCGGUCUGCCCCCGUAAAGGCGACAGCCUGCGAAGCCCUGCGGGCAGCCCUGCUCUGCCAGGGACCCAGUGCAGUAGCCGAGAGCCUCCGACCGCUAAGGACUCCAAUAGUCACAGAACCAACCAGCAGUCUGGAGGAGACCACGCCGAGCUGAAAAUACAGGAACAUGACAGGACGGGCGGGCCUGGGAGCGGCGGCGAGGAGCGGCACCCCGGCUCGGCCGCCAUUGUUGCCCGCGGACGAGCGAGGCUCCGGGCCGGCGCCGCGACUGGGCGGGCGGGCCGCCGUGCACGGAAGGACGGUGGCGUGAUGGCGGCCAGGCCGCGGAAGCCUGGGGCCGGGAGGCCCACUACCUUGCGCCCUGCCUUCCGCGGACCCUCGCCUGCCGCUGAGGGCUCGGUGGGACCGCGUGCAGCGGGGACCCACCGGACGCGCGCCGUGAGGGUCUCGGGAGCGCCGGGCACCUGCUGGCGCCCCCGUCUGAGCCCAGAACGGGUGGGCGAGGCCUACCGGCGAGACGCCGCUACCGGAUGGGUGACACCCCGCGGAAAGCGAGGUCGAGGGGGCAGCUGUCGCCGCCCCGGGCCCUCCCUCCACUUUGAAGUCGAGAAACGGAGGCCCCCGGAGGGAACGGAACAGGCUGCAGGUGAAGCCAGAGACCUCACUCGCUGCCAACGUGUGAUCACAGGCCCUGUCUCUGUUGCUGACCAGACAGUCUCCACGCUAAGCCCCAACCUCUGCACAAAGAAGCUGUUGACGAGACUUUCAUCCCUAAGCCCCGGCCUCCAGCCGCACAGCAGGGACGUCUUAGGAACACAGGUUGGUGGCCCACAGAGCAUCGCCAGGAGGGCCCUAACCGCCUGGGACCGGGAGUUUGCAGCUAGGACGCCCCUGCGUAGGCCUCUGGGUCACCGUGGCAACUCGCAGACGCAGCCUGCAGCCGCUGUGCGGAGUCAGGAUAAAAUGCUUCAGGAAGCAUGGGACACUGCAGCGGGUGAGGCGGAGGCCCAGCUCCACUGGGCGACGGCCGGAGGCCUCCAACUCUUCAUCUCUGGAGGCGCGACUCGGCACUCGGAGGGCUGGUGCCUGUGCGUGCGCAUGCGUGUGAGCGAGGGCGCCGCGAGGAUGGGCCUCGUGAAACGCGGCGGUCGGAUCACGACUGCCCGGCAGCCCUCAAACCCAGGGCACGGCGAAGCUGUGCGAGCCCCGGCGCUGCACACCGGGAAACCGAGGCUGGCCCGCCCCGCGGUCCGCAGACGGCCGCCCCAUUGGCGCACGCGCGACGCCCCGUUCUAUUCCCACUCCUCCCACCAUCCGCGCACUCUCGUGCUCGCCGUUUCGCGCAGGGCCCGCCGGGAGCAGGCGGGAGCGGGGGAUGGUGGUGACAUCGGCAGCAAGAUCAGCCUCAUCUCCAAGGCGCAGAUCCGCUACGAAGGCAUCCUCUAUACCAUCGACACAGACAACUCCACCGUGGCGCUCGCCAAAGUGAGGUCUUUUGGGACUGAAGACCGACCCACAGAGAGGCCUGCUCCCCCGAGGGAUGAGGUUUACGAAUACAUCAUCUUCCGGGGGAGCGACAUCAAAGACAUCACUGUGUGCGAGCCUCCAAGGGCGCAGCCCACGCUCCCUCAGGACCCUGCCAUCGUUCAGUCAUCCCUGGGCUCGGCCUCUGCGUCGUCCUUCCAGCCCCAUGUGCCUUACAGCCCUUUCCGGGGGAUGCCACCCUACAGCCAACUGGCCGCCAGCUCCCUACUCAGUCAGCAGUACGCGGCCUCCCUCGGGUUAGAGAAGCUGGUGAGCCCUUCAGCCUCGGCCGCUGCCUCCAGCCCUAGCUCUUCACCAUCUCCGCAGCCCGUAUCCCAGCUUGACGCACCCUCGGAGCCACGCCAGCUCUCCUCCAAGGGAGCUGCUUUUCCGUCCAUCCCUGUUGGCAAGAGCCCUAUGGUGGAGCAGGCUGUCCAGACUGGCUCUGUCGACAGCCUGAAUGCCAAAAAGCUGCUGCCCGGCAGGGGUUCCUCAGGGGUGCAGCUCAACGGUCGUCAGGCCCAGCCAAGCAGCAGGACCUCCAGCGAUGUAGCUCAGCCCGCAGCUGUCCAAGGUCAAGGGCGGGUGAAUGACGAGAACAGGAGGCCUCAGAGGAGGAGAUCAGGGAACCGGCGAACAAGGAAUCGCUCCAGAGGGCAAAACCGCCCAACCAGUGUGAAGGAAAACACCAUCAAGUUUGAAGGCGACUUUGACUUUGAGAGUGCGAAUGCUCAGUUUAAUCGAGAGGAGCUGGACAAAGAAUUUAAGAAGAAACUGAAUUUUAAAGACGACAAAGCCGAGAAGGGAGAAGAGAAGGACCCAACGGUCGUGACCCGGAACGAUGAGGCCCCUGCUGAGGAAGACCUUUUGGGACCCAACUGCUACUACGACAAGUCUAAAUCGUUCUUUGACAACAUCUCCUCUGAACUCAAGACCAGGCGCACCACAUGGGCCGAGGAGAGGAAGCUUAACACAGAGACCUUUGGGGUGUCGGGAAGGUUUCUUCGUGGCCGCAGCUUCCGGGGUGGAUCUCGAGGUGGCCGAGGUGCCAGCACAGCUCGCCGUACCCCAACCACCCACAGAGCUGGGACCGGUAGGGUGUGA